AUGAAAACUGGCAAAUCUUCCUCCAAGGAGAACAAGUUGAAGCUUGAGUAUCUCGAACCCGCACUCGGCUUCACCGAACGCAAUGAGCCUACCAAGGCAGCUGUCGUGCGGGUCGAGCGACUCACGUCCCAGCCCGGCGCUGUGCUGGGCCUCUUGAAGCCGUUUGUUUCCUACGUUGGACAAAACGAGCCGGCAACGCAGUCGUUUUUCGCCUAUAAAAGUCGCGAGUCGCCGGAUCAAAUAGUGAUCUUCGAGAGGUUCGAGAGCAAGGCGGGCUUGGAAACGCAUCUCCAGUCGGAAGCUCGCAGGCAGUUAGACGAGCAACUGGCCUCUAUGGUCAAAGGGAGAGCAGCGGACUCCUUCAAGGAGGCGGGUAUCGGAUUCAUGAAACGCCAUUAG